AAUGUCAGCAUUAAAAGCGAAGGCGUGCAUAACUCAUUCACAGUGUCAGUGAAACUAUCUUGGAAUCUCCUCAAGACUAUCAUUAAUGGCAGCAAUGGCUUCAAUGACGAUGAAAUCUUCUGCACUGUUCAAAUGCGAAGCAACUCAAAAGAGCUUCAUGGGUCAUGUCAACAGGGCACCACUCAAAAACCUUCGAGUCAAGUGCAACGCAGAGGAGGAUUCCGAGGGUAAAGAAGCCUCCCAUAUAAACGGCAUUCCUUCUUCUUUUACUUCCACACCGUCCGGACAAUCUCCAACCAGAAGCUCCGCGGUUCCAGUGACCCCAAAAAAGACUAGCACGAAGUUUGGUGACGUGUUCGCGUUCUCAGGACCAGCACCAGAGACCAUCAAUGGAAGGCUGGCCAUGGUGGGGUUUGUUUCGGCGGUUGCAGUUGAGUUAGCCAGCGGUGAAGAUCUGGUGACUCAGCUCACCAGUGGAGGGCUGACGUGGUUUGUUUAUAGCGCAGUAAUGUUGUCGGUUGCGUCAUUGGUGCCCAUGUUUAAUGGAACAUCGGCGGAGAGCAAAUCCCAGGCAAUAUUUUCAUCGUCAGCAGAGAUGUUAAACGGGCGUUUGGCCAUGCUUGGCCUGGCGGCGUUGGCCGUGACAGAAUAUGUCAAGGGGGGUCCUCUUGUAUAAUUACUUCUUUUUCUACGGUUUCAAGAGUCCAGGUGUACAGAAGAAAAAGUCUGUAAAUGAAAAUGCCCAAGUUUAAAAUCUGUAAUAUACUGGGCUAUAGGUAGAUCGACAAGGAAACUAAAUUUGCAAGAAAAGACAAUGGCUCAAAUACAGCCUUAUACGUGGAACAUACAAUGGGAGGGCUGAUGGAAUCUUGUAAAAUCUUUCAGAAGAAUUAUUACUGUAUAAAACAGAAUUCUCAAGAAAUGAAUAUUCGAUACCUUCGACCAAAAUU